AUGAAUGAUCGGUUUGGCAAAGGAAAAGGUGCCGACCGACGAAGAGGAGCCCCCGGAAUUCAGAGAGUUGGCCCCGAUGGCGAAGCAUAUGUCACACAUGAAAAAGAAGAUGCAGCCUGGGUCAAGAUGCGAAGUGUUACUGAGCAAGGCGCUCUCGACGAAUUCCUCAGUACUGCCGAAUUGGCUGGUACAGACUUUACAGCUGAAAAGAUGAACAAUGUGAAAAUCAUUCAUACCGAUCAGAAGAACCCGUACUUGUUAUCGGCAAAAGAGGAGAACGCUGCAGUGAAGAAACAAAAUGCCAAUCGUGGACGAUUGACUGUGCCCCGACGCCCGCCCUGGGACCACACUACGACGCCUCAAGAACUCGACAGGAGAGAGCGCGACUCGCUGUUACAAUGGAGACGUGGACUUGCCGAACUUCAGGAAGCAAACGACCUGUUGAUGACCCCGUUUGAGCGAAAUCUCGAAGUCUGGCGCCAAUUAUGGCGAGUCAUUGAGCGAUCCGACCUGAUUGUACAGAUUGUCGACGCCCGAAACCCUCUUCUUUUCCGCUGUGAUGACUUGGAAAAGUACGUCAAGGAAGUGGAUCCGCGGAAGAACAAUUUGUUGCUGGUGAACAAGGCCGAUAUGAUGACCGUGGAGCAGCGAACACUCUGGGCGGAUUACUUUGAGAGAGCUGGCAUCAACUACAAAUUCUUCUCAGCAUCGCUAGCCAAAGAGCGGAACGAGGCCCAGGAGAGUGAGUCUGACGAAGAGUCUAUUGCCGAGGAACUGGAACAGGUGCAGCAAUCCGCAGGCGGCGAGGACAAACUCGCCGAGGAGACCAAGAAACUUGACCUUCAGGACGCCCAGGACGAGAACGCUCAAUGGACCACUGAAGAAACCCUCGACGGUCCCAGCAGUUCUGGCGCCAAGGAUCAGCGUGUUGCCAUUCUCACCGUGGACGAAUUAGAAGCACUCUUUCUCGAGAAUGCUCCCGAAAUUGAGCAACAAAACCCCGACGCUCCGCGCAAAACCGUCAUCGGUCUCGUUGGUUACCCCAACGUGGGUAAAUCCUCGACCAUUAACGCGCUUAUCGGCGCGAAGAAGGUCUCUGUCUCCGCGACCCCCGGUAAAACCAAGCACUUCCAAACCAUCCACCUCAGCCCGUCCGUCAUCCUCUGCGAUUGCCCUGGUCUCGUCUUCCCCAACUUCGCCACUACCAAAGCCGAGCUUGUCUGCAGCGGCGUUUUGCCCAUUGACCAGCUCCGCGAAUUCACUGGCCCUGCGGGUCUUGUCGCACAACGUAUCCCUCAGGCUUUCAUCGAAGCCAUCUACGGCGUGAAAAUCCCCACUCGGCCUCUCGAGGAAGGAGGCACAGGCAUUCCGACCGCGCAGGAAGUUCUCAGCGCCUAUGCUCGCGCACGUGGUUUCGCCACCACUGGCCACGGCGAGCCCGACGAGUCCCGUGCCGCGCGAUACGUGCUCAAGGACUACGUCAAUGGAAAACUUCUCUUCUGCCACCCGCCACCGCAUGACCCGGCCAUUGAUCCCCGCGACUUUAACCGCGACAUGUACGACGAGUCGCACCUGCCUGAAAAGCGCCGCGCCGCUUUAGCCGCCCAUGCAAACCAGACGGACCCGUCCCUCAUGGACCACCCCGAGAUCGUCCCCAUGGCUCCUGUCCAGGGCGAGAAAUCGUCAAGGCUGGAUAAAGGCUUUUUUGGCCCCGGAAGUGGAGCCGCAGGCCACUACCACCGGAAACCGUUCAGUUACAAGUACUCUGAGCAAGGCCAGGCAGAGCACUCGUCCGGAAAGCCGUUGAGUGGACGAAAACAGCGCACUUUGAAGGCCUUGGAGCUGGGUGUAGAUCCCCAGGAACUCAGGUCCAUGGGCAUGGCGGGCGGAAAGAAGCAUUUUAAGGGGAAUAAAAAGGCCGCCAUGCGGGCCAAGACUGGCGAUUACUGA